AAACAAAAGAUUCUUAUUGUCUGGAAAAAAACACAAAAGAUUCUUAUUGUCCGGAAAAAAACACAAAAGAUUCGUCUGUUGUUAAGUCAAAUUCAUUAUUAGUUCCAUAUAAAGUUACAAGUUUUCAUGUAUAUUUCCUCCUUUCUCCCACUUUCUUCUAUCUUCUUAAUCGUCGCUGUUGCUUCUUCAUCUCUCAACUGUCAAUUAACUCUGCAAGUGAAUGCUUAGGAAUAAUCAUUCUUCAGUGUUGGAGAGUGUUUCUUUCAUAUUUGGAAUCAAGAAUGAGGGUGUUAGGGGAAUUCCCUGAUUUAAAUAUUUUAGAACCAAAAGGUGGUGUUGUAAACGCAGUAAAUAACAAUCAGAUGCAGAAUGGAGGUUCGAAUGAGGCUAGCAGCAGAGCUGGUGGUCUUUCUGGAAAUUUACAUGAACCCGACCUUGAGAUGCAUGGAAACAUCCCAUUGCCUCAGGAGGAAAUACAACCAGGCUCAGUUGGGGAUUCAGCUUGUGAGGCCAAUCCUACAUCGGCUACCAAUGUGGUAACGAAGGCCGAAUCUCACUUGGCUCAGCAGCCGAUAGCUAAAUUAUCAAAAGAUGCCGAGUCCACUAAAGAGGAUUUGCCUCAUGCGGCUUCUCCGAAAAUGGGGUAUUUUUCGAGGACCACUAGUGCUCAUGAGCAGUGCAGAGUUUGUCAACAGGAGAAGGAAGAAGGUCUUAUAGAUCUUGGGUGCCAAUGCAAAGGUGGUCUUGCAAAAGCACAUCAGUCUUGCAUUGUCACUUGGUUUCAUACGAAAGGGUCCAACAAAUGCGAGAUAUGCCAAGUAGUAGCUGUAAAUGUGACAGCUCCGCAGCCUGAGCGCAGUAGGAAUUACUGGGUUUGGAGGAUUAAUCCACGCCUUGUAGCCCUUAACCGUGAAAGGGGUUGUUUUAGUCCGCUGUGGCUGGCACUCUCAAUCCUUAUUGGUGGUCUACUAUUGGAUAUGUUAAUAUCCCUUACGCUCGGCGUCUCCGCACUGCCAGUCAACCUGGUAAUUGUUGUUAUCGUUGUCAUAGGACUCGGAACCGCCCUUCGACUUGCAGUGGAAUUCUACCAUGAGUGGAGUACCAGGAGAGCGUUGCAGAGGGUAGAAACAAAUGCAACAAUUGGGUACCAUACCACUCUGUAGUGUACUAUUCUGGGAGGGCAACCCAAUGUUUGUUACUGCUCAAAUUUGCACACCAUGAUACAGUAUAAUGCAUUCUCCUUGAAUGGUUUGAGAAUGUAUAGUCAGUCAACUUGGUUGUGGAAUUUUUAUAAUAGAGUAAUAUAAUGAAAUUAAUUAAGGACCUUUCCCUUCAA